AUGUAUGAAGCGACGAUCGUCGGCAAUCUGCUGGCUUGUGGUUGCCACGUUGCAGAUGCCCUACUUGUUUACAACACGCGACAUUCAUCCAAGCCUUACACGUCACGGGAGAGGAAAAUAUUAAAUAUAUCAAAUCACAGAACAUCGCUACAAAAUGACGAAAUACAUGCUGUGGACAGUAACUCCGUACAACAAAGUUCAAAAUGGAAAGAAGAUUCAAGAAAAACUUCAGACUUCAAUAAAUUUCCACCAUCAUCAAAGAAACCUAAAUUACAAGCGCUACAUCUGGAACAUACAAGAUACAAACAUACAGAUAAAUUUGGUUACAGUGUUGGUACUGUCAACAGAAAUACAUCAAUUACAACGUUACUGACCUUUGCAAUACCAGAUCAAGAAUUGAGUUCGUAUUCAAGAAGAAGAUUAGAUAGAAGAAAACGAGUUAGAAGAAAUAUAUCUGAGAAUCGUUUGAUUAUCACACAACAUUUUACUGAGCGCACGGUUACGCCCGGCGGUGAUAUAAGCAUGCAAUGUGCGGCGUCCAGCGACCGACCGCCCCAGUUCACAUGGGGGAGAGAUGGAGUUACAAUCUCCAGUAACACUGACCCAAGAUAUGCUUUGGGACAAGUGAUGACGUCAGAUAACUCCGUAGUCACACAACUAAAUAUAACAAGAGUGCGAGUGGAAGAUGGAGGGCUAUAUUCUUGUACUGCUAAAGAAGGAGAUAAUUUUGCCACGCAUGAAAAUCGACUUGAUGUUUAUGGGCCGCCAUAUAUCAGAUCCCUGCCGCCAAUAAAAGUUCAAAGCGGCGAAGCGGUUAAUUUGAGAUGUCCAUUCUACGGCUACCCUAUAAGUAAGAUAGAUUGGGAUUUCAAAGGGAAAAUAAUAAAUUCCAACAACAUAUUUCAAACGAGAUACAAACGUGGUACAGGAAAGAAACUUAAAACCAGACGAAAUGUAGUAAAUAUUCACGGAGUUCUUACUAUACCAGAAGUUAGUAAAGAACAGAACGGUGCUGUAUUUACUUGUAUAGUAACCAGUCCGUCUGGUGAAAUGGCAAGAAGAGCGUUUGAAAUACAAGUUAUAGAAGCACCGAUAUUAGAAGAUCUACUCUUAGGCAAUAAUCUUCAAGAAGGACAAAUUGUAAAUAUUUACUGUAAUGUAAGGAGCGGUGAUCUUCCAAUACACUUCGAAUGGCUUAAAGAUGGGAAAAGGAUAUCUAGUAGUUUAAAGGUAGUUGAACGAAGUUCAGAGUUAUUUAGUGCGCUGGUGAUAAAGAAAGUCUCGUUGGAACAUUGCGGCACGUACACUUGUGUGGCUUCCAAUCAUGUCGCUAAAGUCAACAGGUCCACUGAAUUGUAUAUAAAAGUUGCUCCCAAAUGGGCGGAGGAGCCAUCGAACUCCUCUCUUCUCUUAGGCAGAAGAGGCACAGUCUCUUGCAGUGCUAACGGAUAUCCACAGCCUCAGGUGCAUUGGAUGAAAAAAGAUGCUCUUUUGGGCACAUGGCAGCCAGUAUUAGAACUAGCGGGAGGAGGCAUCCUCAGUCUGCCUAAUGGCACUCUGAUCAUAGAGGAGGUGUCUCUCACAGACGAAGGCUUGUACUCCUGUAAUGUCGAGAAUGGGGUCGGCAGUCCCCUUAGUAAAACUAUCUGGAUGAGUGUUAAUAGUAAGUAA